AUGACUCUGACUUCUGUGGUUUCCUGGAGUCUGGUCUCAGGCUAUAAAACCUUGCUGGGAGCAGGACGAGACCCCAGACGCAGCCCCACCUCUAAGGGAUCCACUGAAGCCCAGAAGGCUGUGAUGGAGCACCUGCAGACUCUCCUGCUGUCCCUCCUGCUGGUGAUGUGCCCCCCAGCCAGCACCAAUUAUUCCUGGAAGUGGAAGGAGAGAGGAGGAGAAGCCAAGGAAGCCUCCAGGGCACACCCCACACCCUACAUGGCCUACCUGCAGGGGAAGGACAAGAACUUCUGCGGGGGCUUCCUCGUGGCCCCCGGCUGGGUGAUGACGGCGGCUCAGUGCCUCGUCCACAAACCUCUGACUGUCAUCCUGGGAGCCCACACGCUCCAGAGGAGAGAGGACAGCUGGCAAACCUUCGAGGUCAAGGAGUACCACUGCCACCCGGGUUUUACAAGCCCUAAGAAGGGAAAUGACAUCCUUUUGCUGAAGCUGAAUGGCAAUGCCACCAUCAACGGCCACGUCAGGCCCAUUUCCUUUGAGAAAUCCAAAGUUCGUGGUGGGAGCGAGUGCAGCGUGGCUGGCUGGGGCUACAGGACAGCCGCUGUCACCCUGCGUGAGGCCACUGUCACCGUCAUCAGGCAAAGGGACUGCCUCAGCCACUACCCAGGACUCGCUGACAACUUGAUUUGUGGCCGCAGCAGAUCCUCUGGGGUACCUGAAAAGGGUGAUGCUGGGGAUCCGCUGGUCUGCAACAACAAAGCCUAUGGCAUCUUCUCCUACAGACACAACAACUGGCCUGGCUUCUACACACACAUCGCUCCUUUCCUCCCCUGGGUCAACAGCGUCAUGAAGUCAGCGUGA